AUUGACAAGUUCAUUGCACAAGAUUUUGCCACACGUGUGUAUGUUUUUAUGUUGUAUGUAGGCUAUUGCUAAUAUAAAAACUAACAUUCGACAGUGACAUUUCAUAAUAACAGUUCUUUCCCGACACACUGCUUGUGCGAGUGAACUGACGAUGUCGGUUUAUACCUGUAUCACCUGCCGAGUGGCGUUUGCCGAUGCCGAGCUGCAGCGAGCACACUACAAGACUGACUGGCAUCGCUACAACCUGAAGCGUAAAGUAGCAGAGAUGCCGCCAGUGACUGCGGAGAAUUUCCAGCAGCGUGUUCUCGUACAAAGAGCUCAGGUAUCUGUAACUAAACUUGCUGAUGAAGGAAAAGACACAGGUCGCAGCUGUCAGAUCUGUGGGAAGCACUUCAACACCCAAAAUGCGUUUGACAAUCACAUCCAGUCAAAGAAACACAAGGAGAUGGAGGCGAAACAGGAAAAGAAACUGGCACAACGGGUUAAACAGCUGAAUGCUAAAAAUGCUGAGAAGGGGCUGGACGAGUCUGACGUUCGAAGCAAAGAUACAGUAAAUAUGGCAUUGAAAGAGAGGCUGCAAGGUCAGAGGUCAGGAGAUGGUGAUGAUAUUGAUAUGGACUCGGAGGAUGAAGGUUCUGAUGCUGACUCGUGGGAGGAGAACAUGCUGGGUCUAGAGGAAUGUCUGUUCUGUUCCCACGUCAGCUCAUCCCUGGAGGAAAACGUCGGUCACAUGACGGAGAAACACAGUUUCUUCAUCCCCGACAUAGAAUAUGUGGUCGACAUGGAGGGUCUUAUAACAUAUCUAGGUGAGAAGAUCGGCGUGGGGCAUGUGUGUCUGUGGUGUAACGAGAAAGGCAAGACGUUCCACACAACCCAGGCCGUCCAGCGUCACAUGGUGGACAAGGGUCACUGCAAGAUGCUGCACGAGGGAGACGUCGUGUUUGAAUAUACAGACUUCUAUGACUACAGGAGCAGCUACCCAGACGCAGAGGCCUCAGGAACAUCGGCAGGGUCAGCCGAGGGAGGCAGCGAGGACGUUGACAUGGAGAAUACCGCAGAGCCUGAGAGUCUGAUCAGUGACGGCUAUGAGCUUGUCCUGCCUUCAGGAGCCACAGUUGGUCAUCGGUCACUUGCCAAAUACUACCGCCAGAAUGUGCCACCAACUCGCAAGGAAACACGGUCGAUAGUCCCUCGAAUGUUGGCUCAAUACAAGGCUCUUGGCUGGACAGGUGCAACAGGCACAGUGAUUCAGCAGCGAGUGAAGGACCUGGGCUACAUGCAGAGGUUGAAGCAUCGCCACUUCAUGAAACUGGGCUGCAAGGCCAACAACCUUCAGACACACUUCCGCUCUCAGAACCCCAUAUAAAGCAUGACUGCAGAUUGGCCAACCUUUACAACUGGGGUAGAACCAUUGCAAAUCCUGCACCAGAUUCUAACAUUAUGAUAAAGUGAAAUAUACCACUCAAAAAAAGUUAAAACCCAAAUUUUUCACAUUGUUUAAGAAUUACAGUUCGCUCUACUUCCAUGUAUAGUGUAAUACUGCACACUUUCGCCCUGAACUAUAAAAGUUAAAGCACGAGGACGCUUGUGUCCGAGUGCUUUAACGUUAUAAUAUUUUGGCAUCUACAGUUUUCUGAAUAAUAAACCAAUGAUAAAUCUAAGGCAGAAAACAAUUAGAAAAGAGACUGUCGGUGACCUAAAUUAACAAUCUUUGUUCAGGGCUAACUGACAGGUCUGCCUUCCUACGUUAAGGCGCACGUGACCAGAAAGACAAAUGACAAACAGUUUGAUGACGGUUUACGUUUGGGUUAAAUAUCUUCUCUAAAUUAUUUUAAUAAUAUCUGUCAUUAACGUAAACCAUAUGGGGCAAUAUGAACGUCGCAUUUCUACUACCAAGCUGAGGAGUCACAUGACAUUCCACGGAUGCAUUGUGGGAACGUAAACAUUGCGUGAGUUGAACUUAGGUAUUAUAUCCAUCGAAAAAUAUAAACGUAAUGUUUCCACCAAUGAUGUUAGCCGAGUGAUGCAACUGCAGACCAAGAAACGGGAUGCUACGGGGUAGUUUACUGUAGGAGACUAUACGAGGCGAUGACAACU